AUGGUAGUCUGCAGCAAAGAGAUGCCCCGAGUCUGCCGAAAUUGUGAGAUGACAUUGGAAACAGCUUUCUUUCGAUGUGCUGUCUGUGGAGAUGUCGUUUUGUGUAAAAAUUGCGACCCAAGAAGCUCCUAUGACGAAGAAGAUCCUUCAUCAGAGCCUUUAGGUCGUUCUUUUUGUCCAAGAGGUGGUUUUCGUCACCGAGGAAGAGGGUUUCACGAUAAUUCAUCGCAUCAUUUUCGCGGUACAUUCGCUCCUCGAGGGCGACAGUUUUGUCCACGACCUGAGUCACCCCAUGAUCGACGAAACUUCAUGAUGAGCGGGCCGUUCCCUCGUCCGAACCGUGGCUUUGGAUUUGGUCCACGAGGAUUUCACGGUUUCCCUCCAAGAUGCCCGUUUCCGGAAGAGUUUUCACCUAUGAUGCGCGGUCGUGGUGGUUUUGGUCCCUGCGCGGGCGCCCCUCGAGGCCGCGCGGGAUUCUCUCCAAGAUGCCCUUUUAUGGAAGGAGCUCGUGGCCGCGGAGGAUGUAGAUCUCGGGGGGGCAUGCAACCAUUUUGUGGAGCCAGAGGUAUGGGCAGUGGGGAGUGCAAUCAUGUUGUGCUUGAGUUGGUAAGGGUAAACACAAAUGGG